AUGGCGCGGAUAGUGGAGGCCUUUGAGGACGACGCGCACGUCCACGUUGUAAUGGACCUCUGCAGCGGUGGCGGCCUGCUGCAGCGGGUCGUGGAUCAGGGCCCGCUGUCGGAGCGCGAGGCGGCGGCUGUGAUGCGGUCCUUGCUGGAGGCGGUGGCGUACGCACACGAUAUGGGCGUCAUGCACAGGGACAUCAAGCUGGACAACCUGAUGUGGCGCGACGCCUCGCGCGACCCCGGCCACGUGACGCUGAUUGACUGGGGGUUCAGCACCUGGGUGCCGGCGCCACGCGCGGCCAGACUCAAGGGGCUCUGCGGCACCAGUUUCUACGUGGCGCCGGAGGUCCUGAGCGGCGCGUAUGACGAGCGCGCCGACGUCUGGUCGUGCGGCGUGGUGCUGUACGUGCUGCUCUGCGGGCGGCCGCCCUUCGGCGGGGGCCGCACGGAGGCCGUUUUCAGGCAGAUACGCGACGACGGCGUCCCCGCAAUGUGCGGCGCGCCCUGGCCGGCCGUCAGCGAGGGCGCCAAGGACGCGGUGCGCCGCAUGAUGACGUACUUUGCGCAGCGCCGCCCGACCGCGCGCGAGAUGCUGCAGCACGAGUGGAUCCGCGGCGGCGGCGACGGCGGCGACGGCGGCACCAACCAGGGUGUCAACUCGGCGGAUGGCGCGCCGCUGGCGGAUGUCAAGCAGGAGCGGGAGCCGGAGCUGCUGCGCCGCCUGCGCGCCUUUGCCUCCCUGGAAGAGCCCGCAAGGCGCGCCGCUGCCGCCGCCGCGCGCGGCCGGUGCCCCGACCAGACGCGCGGGCUGCGGGAGCUCUUCGCAGCUAUGGACCCAGGCGGUGCUGGCGCCGUCGGUGCGGGCGCGUUGGGAAAGGCGCUGGAGCAGCGAGGCGGCCGGCCUGACCCCCAGGAGCUGCGGGCGCUCGUCGCGGCGGCGGACCUGGAUGGGGAUGGGAUCCUCUCCCUGGACGAGUUCUUGGCGGCCGCCGCAGCGCCCUCCUGCCGCCGGCCCGAGCCCGCGGUCCACCCGGAGCCCGGGCCCGCCGCGCCCGCAGCCGGCAAGCGGGCCCCCGCUCGGCCGCCGCCGGCGGCGCCCGGCGCGGCGCCCGGCAAGGACAGCGGCGACGCGACGGGGGCAGCAGACCAAGGCGGCCUGUUUGACAGCCGCAGCUCGUCCCCAGCGCCCAGCACCACCUGCAGCCUCCCCUACGGCCCCGGCGAGGCCGGCCUCGCCGGCCGCUCCAGCGACGGCGGCUCCAGCGCCGGCGCUGCGCUCGCCGCCGACCUGGCGGGGGCGUGCUGCCAGCUGGACGGCGUCGGGACGCUCGCGGCCGCGCCGCGCGCGUGGGGCGCGGCCCCCUAG